AUGGCCCCCAAGACCCACCGCUUUGAGGCCCUUUAUCUUAUCUUCUCGAGUGCAGACAGAGCAAGUGAGGCUGGCGCAGCUUGCGCAGCAGCUGUACGUACACCUGAACCCCACACCCCAGCCCCUCCACCCCACGCUGCCGAGGCCCGCUUCUGCUGCUGCUGCUGCUGCUGCUGCUGCGCUGCUUCCGCAGCUGUUUACCUGGCGAGCUGCUGCGUCUUCUUGACCCCCUUGGUGUUCCUGUCCUUCGUGGCCUGCUCCUACCUCUACUCCGAGGGGCCCCUGUGGGGCCCCGGGCCCUCCACACCCCACAAGGGGGCCUGGGGCACCGGCGCCUUGAGGGGCCCCUCAGCAAACCGAGUUAUGAUCCUCGUAGACCUUACUCUCGUUCUGACUGUAGACCUCCUCGACUUGGCUGCUGCCUUUUCUUCUGCUUUAG